CCCCCCAGAGGAGCCCCGCCCCGGGGCGUUGCCACGCCCGUCUCCUAGCAACUGAUAAACGCAGUUGCUCGGCGGGGUCCUUCGGACCUCACUGCGACCGUGAACAGACCGCGUCCUUGCAGCCUCCUGGCCCAGCGGGUGUGCGAGUUGACUGGCGCCGCCGUUUGAGUCCGGCCUGCUGCCCAGCGGCCUCGGCUUGCAGCCAGGAGUGCCCGGACUGGUGGGUGCUCAGCAGCAUGUCACUGGACGCCUGGGAGGGUGAGGACAGGGGGACCGUGGGGCCCAGGUCCUCCAUGGGCACCAGUCACCAGUCUGGCAGUGAGUGCGACGUGGAGGAGUGCCUGAAGGCUGGGGCUCGGGCCCAGGAGUCCGAUUCUGACCACCAGUGCAGCAGCAUCGGGUCCUCAGGGCCUGCCAGCACCUUCAACUCCGACCCACCGCAUGUCGUCCCCUGUGAAUUCACCAUCUCGCUGGCCUUCCCAGUGAAUGUUGGUCAUAAAGGAAAAUAUACAAGCUUGACUGAAAAAUAUAGGAAACACUCUGAUGAAAUGGACAGACCCUCUACAAAGAUGUGCCGUUACUACCACAUUGAGUAUUUCCUUCUGCCGGAUGACAGAGAGCCUAAAAAAGUUGACAUGGUGGUGUUUCCAGCAGUGGCCAAAGUGUUCCUGGAUUCAGGAGUAAAGACUGUGAAGCUGUGGCAUGAAGGGGACAAAGCCUGGGUAUCGUGGACCCAGACUUUCAACGUCAAUAUGACAAAGGAAUUACUAAAGAAAAUAAACUUUCACAAAAUAACGCUGAAGCUCUGGGACACUCAGGACAAGGUUUCGAAAAAAGUCAGGUGUUUUCGGUUAAAGAAGACUGGGUAUUCGGAAGAUGCAGGAUCUUACGAGGAAGUGAGGCAUUUGGUGUUAAGUCAGAGGAGUCUGUCUGAACAGGACAUUCAUGUCAAAGAGGAGUGUACCCUGGAGGAUGCACCAGUGAGACCAGAAGAAGCAAGAAGACACUUAAAGUCUUUGUGCGGUUUUCAUGCAGGAGACCCUGAAACUUUUUCCAAGGACACCAAGGAAUAUGAAAAGCAACAAAAAGCAGAAAAUCUUGGCUCAGUUCGAUGGAGUAUUUCAGGAAGACCAACUCUAUCUUUGGACAAGACAUCCAUGAUAGAGAAGAAGGAAUUACUUGAGAGUUCAUCUCUUACCAACUUAACGAAUGUAUUAAAAAAGCAAAAAUUUCAGAUCAAAUGGAAGGAAUCAGAGAGGAAAAGGAAAAGCCAGAAGAGAGUGAAGACGUCUGGAGCAGAAGAGGAAGCUGACCUCAAGCUGGCAGGCUCCUGGAAGCAGGGCGCCUUCUGCAUCCAGCUGGCGGUGAUGCCGCUCCUUGCAGGAUGGCGAACGGUUGUGAGUCGUGCCAGAGAGAAGUCUGCCAACGUUUCAGACUGCUUUUUAACCUUUAAAACAGAAGUUCCUAUCAUGACGGAGGAGCAAAAGCGGGACUUAAACCCCCUGACUAUAAAGAUCAAGUGUGUGUCCUGCCUGCCGUCACAGCCUGUGCCCGUCCAUGAGCUGGAGCGGCUGUGCACCCCCGUGUACUGCAGGUACCAGUUCCAUAAGACUCCGGUUCAUGAGACUGAGGGGCAGCCGCAUGCAGCCCACAUCUCAUUCCAGGACAUCAACGUCGUCUUCCUUGGGGCCAUGCAGCCCGGCGACCUGAGGGAGUACCUGGGGGGCCCGCCCAUGGUGGUGGAAGUUCACGACCGGGACCGCAAGUCAGAGCAGUAUUCCCAGGAGCCCACCCUGUUUGGGGAGGACCCCCUGGAUUCACACCUCAACCUCCUUGCCCUCAUCUCUCCCAAAGAGACAGAGAACAACCCCUUUGCAUCUCAAAACAAGCUGUGGGACCCUUAUGGGGUUGCCCAGGUCAGUUUUGCCGACCUCCUCCUUGGCUGCAAGUACUUGAACCUAGCUGUCCCCGUCCACAGCUGCGAGGCCCCGCCCACUCACCGCGGCCAGGAUGGCCGGGCCAGGAAGGUCAUGGGGUUUCGCGUCCCCACGGACGGCCUCCAGCAUCACCCGAUGCCCAAGGGCGACUACCUAGAGGCCGACUCCCUGCUCAAGCUGCGGGUGGACAUCGCGGUGCCGCUGCAGGCCGGGACCGAAAUCCCCGAUCCGGACCCCACAGGCGCCCAGUUUGGCCGCAUUAUUUUCGUGUUUGACUGCAGGAUGGCCUCCCUCCUGUACAGCCUGCUGCAGGACAUCACCACGAUCAAUGCCAGGGCCCUCGAUCUGGGCUCCUGUCCUGUCAAGGACAGCCAGCAGGUCCUGUCAGCCUUCAAGAUGCGGGUGAAGGUCCGGGAGCGGCAGGACCUGGAUGUGCUCACGGGCUUCCACCUGCUGGACGGGAAGAUCCACGUCCUCAUUCUGGAAGGCUUGGCCGACCGAGGUCUGAAGCGGCUGUGGGACAGCCACCAAAGCCGAAAAAUAUCACGGGAGCCUACCAGGUCAGCAAGAAGUCUCCAAAGUCCAUGGUGAAGGUGAUCAGAAUUUCAGCGCCUGCCAGCGAUGCUGCCUAUAACUACAGCAUUCAGACCCUGAAUUCCACAGAGCUUGCCAAGGAGCUGCAUCGAGAGAUGGCCAAGGAGCCGAGGAAGCGAUUCACCUACUCUCGGGAUUACCUCUCAGCCAUGGUGGAGCCUCAGGACUCAGAAGAGGAGAAGAAAGCCAGGAAGAAAUCCCGGCAGGCCUGGCUAACAGCCAGUGGAUUCCAAGUGACAGG